ACCAUUUUCCUGUGUCUCCCUUCCAUUGGCGACCUUCGCUGAGGCCAUACCCACUUGAUUGAGAUCAUCGUCCUUUAUUAUUUAUUAUAUUGACAACCCAACAACAUCAACGUCAACCAUAUCUUCCAUCGCCAAUUUCCAUUCUCAACCUUUGUUAUUAUUUAUGCUACCAAAAAUGAUGCGAUUCCACUUCACCAGAGUCUCUCUCUUUGCUUCCAAAGCCUCACAUUUUCCUCUCACCCCAAUUUCCAUUUCCAUUUCCACAGCAAUUCCCAACCCCACCAGGCUCAGAUCACAAAUGGGUUCUUACUCCACUUCUUCUUCUUCCUCUUCCUCUUCCAAGCUCUUGUUCCGCCAGCUUUUCGAGAUGGAAUCUUCCACCUACACAUACCUUCUUGCUGAUGCUUCACACCCUGACAAACCAGCACUCUUGAUUGACCCUGUGGAUAAGACAGUCGAUAGAGACUUAUCUCUAAUUCAAGAACUGGGGUUGAAGCUUGUGUAUGCCAUGAACACACAUGUACAUGCAGAUCAUGUCACUGGGACUGGCCUCAUCAAGAGCAAAGUUCCUGAUGUAAAGUCUGUUAUUUCAAAAGCAAGUGGUGCAACAGCAGAUCUUUAUGUGGAGCCAGGCGAUAAAGUCCGUUUUGGUGAUCUUUUUCUAGAGGUUCGUGCGACUCCUGGUCAUACCUUGGGUUGCAUUACCUAUGUUACAGGAGAUACACCUGAUCAACCUCAACCUAGGAUGGCAUUCACAGGAGAUGCUAUAUUAAUACGUGGAUGUGGGAGGACAGACUUUCAGGGUGGGAGUUCAGAGCAGCUUUACAAAUCAAUCCAUUCACAGAUUUUUACACUGCCCAAGGAUACAUUAAUCUAUCCAGCUCAUGACUACAAAGGAUUCACAGUAAGCACUGUUGGGGAGGAGCUGCAAUACAAUCCACGCUUAACGAAGGAUGAGGAAACUUUCAAGAACAUCAUGGCAAAUCUUAACCUGUCAUAUCCAAAACUGAUCGACAUAGCUGUCCCAGCUAAUAUUGUUUGUGGAGUCCAAUCCAAAGCAAGCUGAACUUUUAUAGGCCUUAUCUGAGAACAUAGUGAUGUUAUUCACCACGAAGACCUUGCAAGUAAAGAAAAAAAAAAGUGUUGACUGCCCUUUGAGUUGAAGAGAAAUAUGCUAGUUGUAAACAAAUAAAAUGAUGAUUGUGGGCCGCAACAUAAUCUGUAAUUAGAUUCCAGUUAUUAUGCGAUGGAACUCAGAAAAAUUAUAACAAUGA